AUGGGAACAUGGUUCACGGCGCAUGAGUUUUAUCCCUACGGGGCCACGAAUGAGCAUACAAUACCUGCUUGUCACGUUCUGGCCAAAAUUUGCAGGUCGAUCAAGGUGCGUGUCAAAAAAGGAAUGCCAUUGGUCUUCCAUUGGCUGGCUUACGGCGAGAGAGGGAGUGCACAGCCGGAACAAGUUACAGCUCGGGGAAUGAACAAGGAUGUUACGGAGAAGUUAAAUGUGAUCUUCACGAAAAGCGGACCAGCAAGCUCGUCGACGAUCAUCAGGAUACGAGUUGAUUUUAACAAGGCUGUCUCGGCACGAGAUAUUGUGGUUGACAUCGAUGCCCGUCUGGUGGAAGACACGGAGGACGGAGUUCUACACAAAAACAUGCACUUUACUAGGGUUGUUCGCGCCUUGUCAGACCAGAGGAGUGCAUGUUUCCCCCUGCCACGGCGGUGGGAGCACAAAUAAUGGCAUCGUUUGAAUCUGCACCUUGAGCUCGUUAAGGCUGAGAUGGAACCGAGGAGUGAAGACUCAUCUCUCAUGACCGUGAACUUAAAAAAGCAGAAAUAUUUCAUUACCUUGAAUUCAGAUACCGGCAGACAUCAACAAUCCGGGCAAUUCUGCGAACUUUGCCUUACAGAUGUUGCGUUCUUGUACCACGAUAACGGAGCUCGGGUAACAUGGUGGUGGGCAGUUCUCCAUACUCCGUCCAAUAACUACGUUGUUUCAUACAGAGCGGCACGAUGCUUUGAAUGUUCAGUUCUUGCUGCCCUUGCUUCGGGGGUCUUCGGCUAGCUGUUCAACAUGCAGGAAACUCCGCACUGUCCAGCGUUGAUCACAAAAUCCCUCACUAUUGCCGUUGAUGAUGGAUGUCUCAUGCAGCUUAAGCUUGUCAACGAGCCAACCGCCAGCGAUUUGGCUCCACACA